UGCAUGCCUCACAACAUUACACAGAGUUACCUGCGAGAACGUGACGUUAUAGUAGCGUUUGGGCUAGAUGCGGUGUAAUGUCUCUCUUGUUACUAGUUUUCCGCUGGUGCCGAGCUACACUAGGAAAGAAGGGACUGGUGAAACUUUUUUUCUUUGUGUGAUCGCUACCUAUCCAUCCGAACAAGAUUUUAUACUUCAAGAUCCGUUUCGGAAUAACCCCUCUGCCUUCCUCGUUCUGCAUAUCGGACGUAAAAGACAGAAAAUGCUGGGCUGCAUUAUUUUGAUAUCCUCAUUUGUCUUCGCUGCUAGCUCUCAAAACUCCCAGUCCAAGGAGUCAUUUAAGGGAUCCUGUGAAACCUUGUGUCAAUGUGAAGAGAAAGAUGGGGUCCUGCACAUGAACUGCGAGGCAAGAAAUAUCAGCAGAAUAGCGGAAAUCAAAGUGCCGUUAGACCUACCCUUCCACCUUAAUCUGUACAAAAAUGAUUUAGUGGAGUUGAAUGCAGAGGACCUGGAAGGUCUCAGGAAUGUUGUUACUCUUCAUCUGGGGGCUAACAGCAUACAAGAGCUGGAACCGGGUGUUUUCAGUGCGCUGAGCUCUCUCAAGAAGCUGCACAUCAACAGCAAUUUUUUAGUGAUGUUGAAAGAGGACACAUUUCAGGGCUUGGGAAAUUUGGAGUACCUACAGGCAGACACAAACUUUAUCCGCGUCAUCGAGCCCGGGGCGUUCAGCAAACUCUUCCGACUCAAAGUUCUGAUACUGAACGACAACUCCAUCGAAUUCCUCCCGAGCAACAUUUUCCGAUUUGUGCCACUGACGCACCUCGAUCUGCGUGGGAACCAGCUGCAGUCUCUGCCGUUUGUGGGCUUCCUGGAGCACAUCGGCCGCAUCAUGGAACUAUUGCUAGAGGACAAUAAGUGGGUCUGUGAUUGUGAAAUCCUGCCAUUAAAAAUCUGGGAGGAGAGUAUGCGUGCCCAGUCUACCAUUGGCGAAGUGGUUUGCAACAGCCCCCCUCAUCUCAAAGGCAGCAUCCUAAGCAAGGUCAAGAGGGAUGUUUUGUGUCCAGCCCACACAGAAAUAGACCUAGAGGAGCCUUCCAAGUCUUUGGAUUUGGUUGUCACUCCUUCCUCUAAGGUUAUUCAGAUUCCUAAAUUGAUGGACGCAAAAGAUGAUGCAAAAAUCCCGACACCAGCAAAUAAACCAGGAAUGUUCUGCAUUGAGCAGUGCUCUUGUCACAACCAUCCCAUUGCGGGUCUGUUAAUCCACUGUCAGGACAGAGGGAUUCAAAGAAUAUCUGAAUUGGGAUUGUUUCAGCAAAGCCCCACAAAGCUUGUCCUGACAGGAAACAUGAUUCAGAGACUUUUGCAAUAUGAUUUUGUUGCAUAUGAUCGCUUGGAACUACUGAAUUUGGCAAACAACCAAAUUGAUUAUGUUGAUAAUGAAACCUUUCUCAGUUUAGGGCAUUUGAGAAAGCUGUAUCUGAAUGGCAAUAGACUUGAUCGUUUAUCUUCAGGAAUGUUUAUUGGACUCCAUAACCUUGAGUAUUUGUAUUUGGAAUACAAUAUGAUCAAAGAUAUUCUCCCUGGGACAUUCAACGCCAUGCCAAAUCUGAAGCUCCUCUCUUUAAAUAACAAUCUUCUCCAAACACUCCCGUCACAGAUAUUUCACAAUAUGCGACUUGCCAAAUUAAAUCUGAGAAAAAAUCUAUUCAUGCACCUGCCAGCAAGCAAUGUGCUUGAUCAUCUGGACUCACUGGAGCAGAUUUAUUUGGAAGACAACCCAUGGGACUGUAGCUGCGACUUAGUAGGUCUUAAACAAUGGGUUGAAAAACUUGGCAAGGACACAGUAGUGGGAAGCAUUUUGUGUCACACACCGAGGAAAGUUGCCAAAACUGAACUGAGGACUUUAAGAAAUGAGGUCAUGUGCCCUGGCUUGGUAACUUUCCAAUCCUUGCCAACUAGAGAUGGUCAAGGUGUGACCACCACGGCCAGCACCACGAAAGACACGGGGGGCUUUUUCCAGUCUCUGACCGACACAAUCCCCCUCUCGGUUUUGAUCCUCACUCUGCUGAUCCUUUUCCUCAUGGUCAUCUUUUGCUCUGCCGGAAUAGUGGUUCUGGUACUACACCGCAGACGACGGGCAAAGAAGAGCCAGGCAGAGGAGCAGCCCAGAGACAACAGCCCAAUACAUCUGCAGUACAGCAUGUACGGUCAGAAGACAACCCACCAUGUGGCUCAAAGGGCCAGGUUGAAUGCCUACGAUGAACAUAGCCACAGCCCCGUAAUACAGGUUUGCAGGAAUCCCACCUACUGUGCUCGUCACAAAGAACAGGAGCUGGAUGACUCUUCCCUCGGUGACCCGAAGAACAUCUGCAGGAGCAUAAUGGAGAGGGAGAACGAGUCACCGCUGACAGGAAAGAAUGUGAAAUUCAGAGCCGUGACGGACUACCCAGCAGAAUUCGUAACCCUUGGUGACGCUGGCUCCUUGUACAGGAACAUUCUGGAGAGAGAGAGGGACCUACAGCAGCUUGGCAUUACAGAGUACCUCAGGAAGAACAUUUCCCAGCUGCAGCCGAGCACAGAGAUGCAGGGUCAGGGACGACAUGAAGAGCUGAGGCUAAUGGAGGCCAUUAUGUAUGCCCGACCACGAAAGGUUGUGGUGGAGCAAUCCAAAAACGAGUAUUUUGAACUUAAAGCCAAUUUACAUGCGGAGCCUGACUACCUAGAGGUACUAGAACAUCAACCUCCUUUCAACUGAAAAGAAAGGUUUUUUCUGCUUUUGUACCUAACAGUUGAAGUGCCUUAGACAGACAGACACACACACACACGUGUGUGUGUAUAAAUAGUAAUAUUUCCCACAUGGUAAGAGUUUAACUCAAUUAUCACCACCACAAAGAUAUUCUUAACAGGCAAACUAUAAAGUGUUCCAAAGAAAAAAGCAAAACUUAACUGUUAUGCUGUUCUUCGUGUAAAUACAAUCAUCCAUUACCACCAGCCACAUUUUUUGUCCCUGUUGCUUGAUUCUUUGUAUGAUACACCACAAAAUAACAAAGCCAAAAAAAUAAUCAG